CGCGCGCCCGCCGCCAUGGCAACGCCGAGCGGGCCCGGCCCGCGCCCCGCCCGCGGCUCGGGACGAACCGCCGCAGCGCCGAGCCCGGCCGGCGCCGCCCCUUCGGGCCCGGCCGGGAGCAUGGGGCUGAGGAUGCAGCGCGGCGGCAGGCGGAGCCAAGCUAAAAUGAAUGAAUGCUCAGCUGUUGUCAUUCCCAGAUGUGGUCCAACAAGUCCAUUUAAAGGACACUUAAGUAAUAAAAGUAAUGUUUUCUGCCUUGGCUCCGCUCGAAAUCUAGCUAGCCAAUACCUGAUCAGAGAUCACAUGGUGGUUCAUUAUAACAGAAUUCUUUCAGCCAAAGCAGCUGUAGACUGUUCAUUGCCCAAAAGUAGGUUGGCCAGCAUCAAACUUGCUGACCAGCAGAGAAGAGAGAAACUGAAAAAGAAGAUAGCCAGAUGUGGACAGAAGAUAAGUGUGUGUGAAACUGUCUCUCCAUCCUGUCCAAGAGACAGUGGAAGGCUGCCGCCAUCCUCUUUUGGAAAGAGUCUCUUGGAAGCAGAAGAUGGUGUCUCACCCUCUGCUGGGCAGGCACAGUACCUAUCAAGUGCACCAUCUCCUUAUGGCAAGGAUUGCUUGGUUCACUCCAGUCCAGUGAAAUGCACCAGGAAAUGUUCUCGGCAUGCAGCCGGGGCAUCCUACUCAAGUGUCUGUGUGUCAAGGGCACCAGGCAAACACUCUGCACUUCCACGCAGUCACUCCAUCGAGAGCUUUGUGAGCAUUGACUAUUCCCAGAGGUGCCAAGGAAACCACCCCAGAGCCACUGGUGGGGAUCUUCUGGAGAAGCACUCUGAGUGCUUCACUAAGAGCCGCAAACCUUUCACUCCACGCACCUUAAUAUCAAAUGCUAAACCUUCCCUGUCAGAGUACAGGUUUUACACUCCUGCUCGAAGGAGGAAGAAAAAUCACCGCAAGCGGUGUGUGGAAGCUCAAACACAGACUGAUAUGACCAGCUUUCCAUCUGCAGACCAAGUGCAUGUGAGAAAAGUCACAAGUGAAAAGCAGAAGAUACAAUCAAAGGCUGAAGAUAAAAGAUAUGCUUUGGAUGAGCCUGAGAGAGGAGUGGAUGGGUUUCAACACUCCAGCCUAAGAGAGACAUCAUGGUGUCCUCAGAAGUCCUCACCAAAGACAACUGUCGAUGCUGAAGAAGAGGAGCUUUUGUAUUUAACUUUCAUUGAAGAUGUAACAAAUGAAAUUCUUAGACUUGGCUUAUUUUCCAACAGGGUUCUGGAUCAACUGUUUGAGUGCUAUAUAGAAGAAAAUAAGAACCGCCUUGAUGAGGGCAAAAUGCGCCAGAUGUUGGAUGUGCUGAAAUCAGACCUUGGCUGCAGCCAGGACAGCAACAUAGAGCUCAUCCGUGCAGCUCAGGAAGCCUCAGGCCCACGGGAUCUGCAGGAGUGUGAUACAACAGGAGAGCUCAAGUUUGCCAGUAAAGGUCACAAGCUGAGGAAAGCUACAAAAAAUGAAGAAUUCCUUGAGACCAUAGACUUGUCAUUAAAGAAACCAAACAAAUGUGAAUCAAUGCCCCGGAGCAAAAGGUCGAGGGAGACAAGGGGCAAGAAGGACUUCUCAGAAGAUACCACAGAAAUUAUGGGUGCUGGGACAGACUCUGACUUCUGUGGUGUGGAAUUUGAAGAACACCCAGACACUUCAUCCACCUGUGAGGCAGCUUUUUUUGCUUGUGACAGUGAUUUGGAAGUCAAUAAGGAACUUGAUGAGCUUGAGGAAAACUUUCAAGAGGCCCUUCACAUUUCACGUAACUAUUCAUAACUGUAACCAAAACUUACCUGUUAAACAGGGAUAGAGUUCCUUCUGUGGUUAACUGCCAUUUGUCAACCAGUAGUGAAUUGUUAGGUUUAUUUUCCAUUAUUUCUGUUUAAAUACUGCUAAGGUCUCUGUAGCAGGAUACUAUUAAUUGGAUAAUAAUCUUUGUGUAAAUUAGAUCUUAAAGGAUAAAGGGUCAGUUAUCAGAAGAAUUUUGUGUAUUUUGCCCAUACUGUAUAACUCGAAACAAACUUUAGAAUAUUAAAACUAGAUUUAUAUUUUUAGAGCUGUAAUAAUAAGUUAAUGAAAUAUUUAUUGAUUUAAAUAAUUGAUAGCACAGUUGUGGUCCUGCUAUAAAGAUCUGAGAUGUUGUAGUCUGCAAGAAUUCAACAACUUAAACUUAACAUCAAACUAUGUCCUCCUCCAGAAUGGACAAAGAGUUCUAUAGUGUACUAUGUUACCCCUAGCAGAAGCUCACAAAUGAAAAAUUAAACUAUUUCACAAGAAGAAAAUCCAAAUUUUAACAGAUCUGUGUAGAUUUAAUGAUUGCAGUUUUUUACUUAGAGUUCUUAACUUAAUGAGACUGCUAAGUUCAAUUUCUUGCACUGAUGACAGCUGUGGCAUAGCAUUCUGCAUCAAGCUUUGGUUUUGGAAAACGAUUGAAUUGCUUACUGUUUGAUGACUAGUACAUCAAACAGUAUAGAAGAAGACACAUGAGGCACCUUGUACAGCAAAUGGAAAAGAGGUGGUGUAUUUUCUGGUUUAAGUUUAAAUUGAAGUUAGUACGUGCAUUGCACAAAAUCAACCCAAGAUGAUUUGAGUUAUUGUUUAAUCAGAGUACAGCUAUUGCCUGACAUUGCUGUUGCAGCAGAAUGAGCUCAACAGGUUCUGAGGCAGUGCUGGUAGGAUACAUUGUCUUGCUGUAGGUAAGGAACUAGGAGAAGUCUUAGGAACCUAGAUAAAGCCUGUCCUCUGAUAUCUCCUGGGGUUAGUUUCUAACCUUCUUCCUCCAAGGAGAAGCCCAAGGUGUACCAGUUCUUACAUAACAACUGCCACCACCUGCCUCCCCUGUGCCUCGUGAGCAUCAACCAAAGUCUGUGACUCCAUCAGCCAAAUGGCCCAUUGCAGCUUAAAGGAGCUCCAAUAGACACAGACCAUUGCUUCACUUAUGAAGCAUAAACUUUUAGACAGAAAGGAAAUGUCAAAAAACAGCUAGAGGAAGCCAGACAGAGAAAAACACGUCUGGCACAAUCAUAGCACUGCAGUGCAGAACACAAUUCCCACUUUCCUGGGUACCUUGUCCACAAUAAUAAAUUGCACUUGUUGACAAUGACAGGAAACAAAGUUUAUUUUAGCCAGGUACAUGUGGCUGGGCAGAUGGGCAGCAGCCUUUCAUCUGCCAUACUCACCUGGCUGCCUUGUAAGUGUGGCCUGCAGCUUGAGUGCUCUGGCUCACUGAAAAGCAGGUGAGAUAUUGUAGAGGACUUCUACAUCCCCCCAUCAGAGCCUGUCUUGUUGAAAAGAUGUGACCACCCGGCUGAGUCAGUACAGUGCAGGGAGGGUUUGUGCACAGUCACAAGUGAUCACAGACUUUCUCCCAUCCUCAAGGAAACUUCUGUAUUCCUUACCCCAGAGAGCUGAACAGAAAGGAUGCCCUAGGAAACUUGGUUUUAUUUUACAAAGAAUUGUAACACACAGGGACUGGUUUGAAAACUAAAGAGCAUGGUUUGAUGCGUACAAGUAUAAAGCCUCUGCUCCUCAGACAGGACUUCACCACUCUUGUGGCCCUCUGCUCCAAGUUCUCCAUUCUGGUCAAUAAUCAGAAUUUAGGGGUUUUUUUUUCCCUGCCUAUCUCUACAUUUGUGACUUAUACAUUGUAAAAAAUGUCACUCAGCAAACUUUGGCUUCUUGUCAACAUGAGUCUGAUUAAAGAUUAAUACGAAUUUCACCUUCAAAUUCUGUAAAUGCAAAAGUCCUGUAAGAAAACACCACAGCAGUGAAGCCCAGAGAAAGGCACAAGUAAUGACAUACUCAUUUCCUGUAAUACAAGUAACACAAAAAUAAAUAAAAACAGUUUCUUGACCAUA